AUGAAGUCCCCUCAGCCACAGACAACCAACCAGGACCCCCAACAGGAACAAGGAUCUACCCAGGGCCAGGCUCCUGAUACUGUUUAUACAUGUCUACAUGAUGCUACUGAAGCUUCUGCUGCUGGACCAAGUCAUGUGACUUACGGCCAGAUUCAACUGAAGAAAUUGGACAAGAAAAAGAAAGCAGCAGCUGGACCUGUUGAUGUGACCUAUGCUGAGGUUGACCUCCAAAAGAAGAACAAAGCCAAGAAGAAGAGAGAUUCAACUGAACAAGUUGGGCAAGAAAAAGAAACAGCAACCCCAUCUGAGACAGAAUCUGUCUGUUCUCUAGUGAAGCCAUACACAGUCCCCGAAACAGCAACCCCACCAGAGGCAGAUUCAGUCUAUUGUCAUGUGAAGCCACGCACAGCCCCAGGUAUUGGUGAGAAGAAGGGGAUCGCUGCAGCAUCACUAGUUGGCAUCAUUGUGGGCAUUGUUACUGGUGGAUUAUUCUUAGUUGGUGUAGGAUGCAUCAUAUCAACCAGAAGACACCGAUCCCCUAAAGAAAUACUGCCACUGAAGGCCGUUGUUCCAGAAGUUUACAACCCAGUGAGCACUAUACCAGGAAGACCAGAACUACAGAACACCCCUGGAUCUGAGGUGACAUCUAUCUACAUUACUGCAGGGAGACCAGAACUACAGAACACCCCUGGAUCUGAGGUGACAUCUAUCUACAUUACUGCAGGGAGACCAGGAGCAGUACCAGCAGCAGCAGGAGGAGAAGAGGGGCAUCCAGUGGACAAGGAGUACACUUCACCAGAAGAGAGGAAAGAACCACAGUCCUCCCCACAGGCAGACACAUUCUACAGCACCCUACAGAUACCAGCUGCAGCACAGCACCACCCAGUGGGCAAAGGAAAUAAUCUAAAGAAACCAGACACGGUGUACUGGACAAAGGGAGAUAAACUACCCGACUAAACUACCCCUCCAUCCCUCUCAGAGACCCCUGAUGUUACAUUGACUAAGACUUGACCCAUAGACUCAGAUACCGAACAGCAAACACAGGGGAAGUUACAAAGAAGAGAGAAUUAUGAUAAUUUAUUGUUUAUUUUGGUCUAAUUUCAUCCAUGUUUGAAGUGGCAAUUUGCGAUUUGUUAGGAUUUAUGUUUAUGCAUAAUAGCCUGUUAGCAUAUUGGUUGAAGAGGAAUAUUGUUUUGUUACACACAUGCACGCACAACCCCCUCUGUAUAGUGUGUGUAGGUGUAAGGAAUGACCAACACAGGCCAUAAAAGCUGUGGACAGUCUGGAGAGGGGAGGGGUGCAGCUCUCUAGACCAACCAAGAGUUUAGAAUACUGGACAAUACCAUAUUAGGAACUGUUUUAGUGUAGAAUCGACAGACCCAAGACGGAGCUAAUCUACCCAGCAACCAGAUGUGGACAAAGGGCCAGCAAAGGGGGGCAAAGUCUAAACCACGCCCAGCCUCUACUGUGAUAGGCCAACUGGACACGUUGAGAAUAAAAUUGUCAUAGUAUAAAAACUACUAUGUGAGUACAUUCCACAGUUCUCUGUUCAUCCUGCGCGGUGAAACAUCGAACCCGUAUAUACGAAAAUUGCAUUUGCCAUUCAUUGUUUGCGGUAAUUAAACAUAAUUAAAGAAAGUUAGCAGACCUUGCAUUUUAUUUAUCCUGACACCGGAUGUGUUACACGCAGAGUUCACCGAUUGCUACAUACUUUUAAAUGAGUGAUAUAUAACUAUUGAUUCAUGUAGAAUACAACAUAUGCUUGUUUAACUCCAUUGUUUGUAAACAUUGCAAUUGUAAAAACAAAAUGGUGGCAGGGUGCAGGCAUUAUUAUUUGAACAGCAGAUUUCCCCUUUAGCGGUAGAGCGUUUUGCAUACUGUCUUAUUUUCUGUAAAUGAAUGUGAAAACAUGCAGAUGAAUACAGUAGCACUGUACAUGCUUUAAAAUAAAAUGUGUAAACAAAACAGCUGAAGUGAAAAUGGGAAACCCAUCCAAUCAAUCAAAUUGACCAAUCAAUAAGUAAAUACAUAAACCAAUCAUUCAACUAAUAAAUAAAUCAAGCAACAACCUACCGA